GAAGUAAAUGAUUAUUGUUUCACUUCGCUGACGUCUCAUAACACCCACCGAACAGUUGAGUUAAUUUCAUCUAUUUUGCAACAAACUGAGAAUUUGUUGUUGAUCCUUGAUAUCUUUUAACUCUAAUUUCACCGACUGAAACAAAAUUUUAGAUUUAGAAAAAUGCUUGGCUUUGGAGGCGAAACCCCUUCAAGAUAUGAAUUGUUGAGCAUGGUGAAGAAGCACUCAAAUUUAAUUGGGAAAACUGUUGUUGAAGAUCAAGAUGCUCCUGAUGUUGAAAUGGAUAUGAAGUUUUGGCAUGAUGUUUUUGAUUUGUAUUUUCUUCGCGGUAAUGACUCUAGGGGACGCCAGGAUGAUGAUCUCGUUUUCUUUGUUAGAAAAUUGGUUUCUCGAGGUUCCAAUAACGAUGCAGACACUGUUGAUCCUUAUUUCGUACGCAGGUGGGCACCUAAGUUGAGCAGCCUAAUUGAUGAAACUUCAAUUGACGUCGAUUGGAGGCGUUCCUUUUACUUGAAUUUAAUUGCUCAUACAUCAUUCACCGUAACAGUUGCAAUUUGCAGUCAACAGGUUCUUCAAAACCAUCAAACUGGGAAGGAUACAUCUUUAUCCCCUAUAUAUAAGGUAAAUGUAGUUGCUAAAUAUGUCAAUCUUUUUCAAGAUUCUAUCAGACACAAAAAAUUUCAAGAUUCCAACUAAGCAUGGAGAUGGCCAUAUCAAUCUUGGUUUGUCUUCUCUAACUAAAAGCCUACUACACUGCUCAGGAAAACAAUCAAUGGGCCCCUCCCUUGAAGCUCCUUUUGAAAGAACUUCUUUAAAGGAACCCUUACUAGCAACAUCUCUUUUCUGAAACACUUGAAGAAAACCCUUACACACUACAACUCUUUUGUGAACUUCUUGAUGAGAGUUUUUAACCCUACUAUACCUCAAAGAACUAAAAUUUGGUUUGGAGAACAAAGCCAAAUGGCUUCUUAGUUUGAAGCUUCCAAACCACAAACCAUUGAGCUCCUUUUGAAGCUUAUGCAACUUCUUUACGUCGACAAAUCUAACAAAACUGAACCUAUUACCUGCUAUAUUUCUUUUUUUCGGAAUGAAGAGUUCCACAACUGAACCAAACUCAGAAAACUGGUGUCGGAGAUUUGCAGCAGAAAUCCGAUCUGGAAAGUUAGAGAAGUAGAAGUGGAGGUCCUUCAACCGCUCCAUAACAAAAAUCAGCACCAAACAAUAAGGAAUGCAAUGAAAGGAAUGAAAAGUGAAAUGAAUAUUUGUGAUGGAAGGUGUUUUCAUGAAUGCAAGAAAUGAUGUGAGGUUAAGUUGGUGCACUCAACACCCCAUGUAGAAACAGGUUAACAGCAUGAAUGAAUGGCUGGAGGUUGUUCCAGAGAUGAUUAUGUUUAUUUCAUAGUGAUUAACACUGAUGUAGGUAUGCAUGAAAGGUUAGAGAAUGAGGGUUUAUGAUAUGCAGAUAUGGCUUUUAUGAUAUGCAUGGAAAGAGAAAAGACUAGAGAGAGUGCAGAGCUUCUCUCUCUAGAAAGCUUGUUCAUUGAAUCCGUUGAUAUUGUUAGUUUUGGAAUACUAGUUCUAGAGAUUAUAAGUGGCCAAAAAUUUGUGGCUUUCUUCAUCAGCAGAGUAUGGAAGAUUUACUUGGCUUUUACAUGCAAUGGGGAAAAGAAUACAGGGGCAUUAAGAUCAAAUCAAUUCAAGGAAAAGCAGGAACAGAAGAUUCAAGUGCUGAGUUAUAGUGAGUUAUAGGCAUGUGUGUGGCAUGUUCAUUGAGCAUCAUUGUUUGAACCAAAAUAUAUGCAAUGUCUUAGAACUUGUAAUAUGCUUGUUUGAAGUGAUGUGCAAAUAGACUUUAUUCUGAGCAAAUUUGUUUAAAAUUA